UUUUUUUUUUUUUCACGCCACCGUCCUCCUCUAGCUCUGCAUCACUCCCUUGACAACAGCAGCGAUGGCGGAGCCCGGAGCAAUGGAUGAAACAGCGACGGCAGCAUCACCGACGCCGGGCCUCUCUCCAGCGGCCAGCCCGGGCUCGGAGCCUCCCUCAACGGCCCUGUCCCCCACGGCGGACGGCUCCCAGCGGCUGCUCUUCUCGCACGACCUGGUCUCCGGACGGUACCGGGGCUCUGUCCGGUUUGGCCUCGUUCGGAUGAUCCACGGCGAGGAAGAUUUCAACUCGGACUCGGACCUCGACGACGGCGGAGGGAGAGGCGGCGGGGAAGGGGGAGGCGGGGGCGGCGGCGGAGGAGGUCGGUUGCCCUGCGGUUCGGACACCGAGAGCGCCCUGGACACCCCGAGUCGGCCUCUGGGCAGGGGGUUUGUUCGCGUCCAGUGGUACCCUGAAGGAGCCAAGCAGGACAUCAGGGAGACAAAGCUAAAACUAGAGGAUCGAUCGAUCGUCAUCAGAGAUAUUGUGCGACGGAACAAUUCCAGUGACAACCAAUGUGGUAUUGUGACCAACAUCGACAUCGAGUGUGCGGUGAAGCUGGUGGGAACAAACUGCGUUCUGUAUCCAGUCAACAGCCAAGACCUGCAGCACAUCUGG